UAUCGAUCUAUACAAAUUAUUCGAUUUACACCGCGAUAUAAACCUUCACCCCGUAAACAGGCAGCGCAAUUUAGCAGCCGGCCUUUAACCUUUAUAAAAGGCCGAAGAUCCGAAAAGAUUCCAUAGAAUCAAAAUUCAGUUUUAUAAAUAUACAUUUUUCAAUUCCUAAUUAAAUACGUAUCUCCUUUUUAACUUGGCGCCAACAGCAGCAAUGCGAUUGGAGAACGGCGAUCGAUCCACGUGUCAUCCGAUCGUUAAUUCCAGCUCCGACGACGAAGACGACGGCGGUUUGCUGCUGGAGAGUUAUUCACCGGUAUUAGAUGGUGAAGGACUUCUUGUUCCGCCUCUCAAUUUCGCUAUGGUUGAUUACGGUGUUUUCCGGUCUGGUUUUCCUGAUACUGCUAACUUUGCCUUUUUACAAACCCUAGGUUUUCGUUCUAUCAUAUAUUUGUGUCCAGAGCGAUAUCCUGAAGCUAAUGUGGAGUUUCUAAAUGCUAAUGGAAUUCGGCUUUUUCAGUUCGCCAUUGAAGGAUCUAAGGUUGAGGAGCCACCAUUGGUCAACAUCCCAGAGGAAACAAUAAAGGAAGCUUUGAGGGUUGUCCUUGAUGAAAAGAACCGCCCUCUGUUAAUUCACUGCAAAAGAGGAAAGCACCGAACUGGUAGCCUUGUGGGGUGCCUCAGAAAAUUACAGAAAUGGUGCCUCACCUCAAUUUUUGAUGAGUACCAAAGGUAUGCUGCUGAGAAAACUAGAGUAUCAGAUCUGAGGUUCAUGGAGUUGUUUGACAUUUCCGGCUUCAAGCAACCACCAACAUUCUGUUCACAUUCCCCGAACUAAAUGGAUAAGAUGUACAGGACGAGCGGCAAUUUUGGCUUUCCAUUUUUAACAGGAUCAAAAAAUUUGAGUCCACCCCCAAAAGUAUUGGAUUCCUUAUAUGAACUCUGGUUAUGGUUUUCGUUAGUAUCCGAUUCUUCUUUUCAUUUGGACAUAGUCACUCUCUCUCUUUGUAGAAAGUAGAUGCCAUGGCCUAUGAUAAAGGGUCUCUCAUCCUUAACUCUUUUUGUGUUCAUUGGAGAUGAUCUGGGAAUUGUAAAAGUUGUGCAUUAUUUUUGCUUAUUAGAAGGGAAAAGGGAGGGUUAUGUUUUCUUCAGUUUGAACUCAGUGCACCUUCAUAUUUUUCUCUUCAUACCUUUGGUAUACGGUUUUGAACUGUUGGAGGAGGUGAUAUAUUUUAAGUAGUUAAAUUGUAUUA